AUGGGUCCACGCUCGCCUCUGGAGGUCUACACCUCCUCAGUCUUGCGCCUUGUCAAGGAGGAGGCGUCUUACCACCGCGAGGAACAAGAUCAAAAACAACGGAUCCAGCGGAUGGAAGGCGAAGAAGGAGAUGAGAACAAGGAGUUUUUGUUGAAUCAAGAGCGUCUGGCACUCGAGGAAACCAGAAAGGUCUUCCCCAGCUUGAAGCUGAAAAUCGAAGACAACGUGAAAACUCUUGAACAUCUACUGACUGAGGAGGGCAAGAAGGGCCCCGAAAGCAACGUCGAGCAUAUCACUGCUGCCAAAGAGGCCAUUGCAAAGGCUAAGUCGGCUGAGCGGGAGAUCUCUUAA